AUGUCUUUAAAGCGUAUUACAAAGGAACUUAACGAUUUGGGAAGAGACCCACCCACUUCCUGUUCGGCUGGUCCCGUGGGCGAUGAUCUCUACCACUGGCAAGCCUCCAUCAUGGGUCCUCCAGACUCUCCCUAUGCCGGCGGUGUUUUCUUCCUUUCGAUACAUUUCCCAACGGACUAUCCGUUCAAACCUCCAAAGAUCUCCUUCACCACCAAAAUAUACCAUCCUAACAUCAAUGCCAACGGUAACAUUUGUCUGGACAUUCUGAAGGAUCAAUGGUCUCCAGCGCUGACUAUCUCCAAGGUCUUGCUAUCCAUCUGUUCUUUACUCACAGACGCAAAUCCCGACGAUCCUUUGGUUCCAGAGAUUGCGCACAUUUACAAGACCGAUAGAGCCAAGUACGAAGCAACCGCCAAGGAGUGGACCAAGAAGUACGCUGUUUGA